ACUGGGAUCGUAUUCUCCUGUAUUUUUUCAGGCUCCUUGGAAAUUGAGGAAUGCAAUUCUGCCACCAUGAUGGAAGGACUGAAAAAACGUACAAGGAAGGCCUUUGGUAUACGGAAGAAAGAAAAGGAUACUGAUUCCACGGGGUCGCCAGACAGGGACGGCAUCCUGCCCAGCCCUCAUCCCAAUGAGCCACCUUGCAAUAGCAAACCCGAGAGUGUGCGUGAAGGAGGAAAAAAAAAUUCGAAGAAAACAAAUGGAGCCCCGAAUGGAUUUUACGCGGAGAUCGACUGGGACAGAUACAAUUCACCUGAGCUUGAUGAGGAGGGAUACAGCAUCCGACCUGAGGAACCAGGCUCUACCAAAGGAAAGCACUUCUACUCCUCGAGUGAAUCUGAAGAGGAAGAGGAGGCGCACAAGAAGUUCAAUAUUAAGAUCAAGCCUUUGCAGGCUAAAGACGUCCUGAAAAGUGCGGCGACGGUAGACGAGCUGAAGGCGUCGAUAGGCAACAUUGCACUUUCUCCAUCCCCCGUGAGGAAAAGUCCGCGGCGCAGCCCGGGGACGAUUAAAAGGAAUUUAUCCAGUGAGGAGAUUGCACGGCCCCGGCGUUCCACGCCGACGCUGGACCCCGCCAGCAAGAAAGCCGUGGAGGACCCCGGACAGCUCGUGGCACCAAGCUCUGCCAGCGAGCAGGCUACUCUAGAUCAGCCUGAGAUAUGGGGUUCGGUCCAGCCUAUCAAUGCAAGCAUAGAGUCCCCAAAGCUACCGAGACCUUUUCCAACUGGAACACCUCCACCGCUGCCACCGAAAAACAUCCCGGCCACACCACCGCGCACCGGCUCUCCUCUGACGGUGGGAAUAGGAGGGGACCAGGCAGCAGCAGAGCUCAAAAGUGACAAACUUCCGUCCAUCAAUGACUUGGACAGCAUUUUUGGCCCUGUGCUAUCCCCCAAGUCAUCUGCUGUUAAUGCAGAAGACAAGUGGGUCAAUUUUUCCGAUCAGUCCCCGGAAAAUGUGACUCCAGAGUUGACGCCCCGGGAAAAAGCGGGGUCCCCAGCAGUGGGCAGCCCGGCCGAUGCUCCAGCGGCCGAGCCUUCCCGCCCGCUCCCCUCACCGCUCCAGCUGGAAGAAGUUCACAAGAAGUUUUCUGAGCAGACCCACCUUAAGGAUGAUAACUUGGAGCCAGCUGCCUCUCCCAAAGAUUUUGGGCUGGGACAAAGAGCGACCCCGCCUCCCCCUCCGCCACCCACCUACCGGACAGUCGUCUCCUCACCAGGACCGGGCGCCAGCAGCGGCACGGGAAGCACCAGCGGUACGUCCCGCGGCAUUGGGGGUGCUUCGUCCAGGCCUUUUAGCCCUCCUAUUCACUCAUCCAGCCCUCCUCCGAUAGCACCUUUAGCCCGUGCUGAAAGUACUUCUUCCAUAUCUUCCACCAAUUCCCUGAGUGCAGCCACCACUCCCACCGUUGAGAAUGAACAGCCUUCCCUCGUUUGGUUUGACAGAGGAAAGUUUUAUUUGACUUUCGAAGGCUCAUCGCGGGGACCCAGUCCCCUCACCAUGGGGGCGCAGGACACCCUGCCCGUUGCCGCCGCCUUCACGGAAACUGUCAACGCGUACUUCAAAGGGGCUGACCCAAACAAGUGUAUUGUGAAGAUCACGGGGGAGAUGGUGCUGUCGUUUCCAGCGGGCAUCACCCGACACUUUGCCAACAACCCCGCUCCGGCAGUGCUCACCUUCCGUGUGCUGAACUACAACAGGCUGGAGCACGUCCUGCCAAACCCCCAGCUCCUCUGCUGUGACAACACGCAGAGUGACGCCAACACGAAGGAGUUCUGGGUCAACAUGCCAAAUCUGAUGACUCACCUAAAGAAGGUAUCGGAACAGAAACCGCAAGCCACCUAUUACAAUGUGGAUAUGCUCAAAUACCAGGUAUCUGCCCAGGGUAUUCAGUCUACUCCAUUAAACCUUGCAGUGAGCUGGCGGUGUGACCCUGCAAGCACUGACCUCCGCAUUGACUACAAAUACAAUACAGAGGCAAUGACCACACCGGUAGCUCUAAACAACGUCCAGUUCCUCAUCCCCGUCGAUGGAGGAGUAAACAAACUUCAAGCUGUGCUUCCUCCUGCUGUCUGGAAUGCUGAACAGCAAAGGAUAUUGUGGAAGAUCCCUGAUAUCUCUCAGAAGUCAGAAAAUGGAGGUGUGGGGUCUCUACUGGCCCGAUUCCAGCUCUCAGAGGGGCCGAGCACCCCAGCCCCCCUGGCCGUGCAGUUCACCAGUGAGGGGAGCACACUGUCCAGCUGUGACAUCGAGCUCGUCGGCGCCGGCUACCGCUUCUCCCUUAUCAAGAAGAGGUUUGCAGCAGGUAAAUACUUGGCCGAUAACUGAUGGAAGCUUAUGCAAGUCUAUGGAAAAUAAUAUGGAAAAUACCCAAGGACUGCU